GGAGUGCUACUGAUAGACCCAGAGUACCUAAAAGACCGAAAAGGUAAGGUGUGCGUGCGAGCGUGUGCGAUUCACAAUUUUCACAUCCCUUUAUUUCUCUUCUCACGUUCCCUUCCUCUCUCCUUCUUCUUAAUUUUUCUUAACUCUUCCCUCUCCCCCUCCAACUCCCCCUCCCCUCCUCCAGUCUUUGUGACUCUGACCUGUGCGUUCCGGUACGGUCGGGAGGACCUAGACGUUCUAGGGUUGUCCUUUAGGAAGGACCUCUACAUCUCCACCUUCCAGGCCUUCCCUGCCGUCACCACAGAGGAACGUAAACCACUCAGCCGCCUGCAGGAGAGACUGCUGAAGAAGCUGGGCCAGCACGUAUACCCAUUCAACUUCACUGUGAGUUCUAUAGACUGGCACACUGUUCAGCAAACACACCAGUUGAAAUCAACUGUGUGUGAGCAUGUUUAGCACGUCUUCCCUUGUGUUUGUGUACCGUUCUGUGGUUGUGUAUUUCUGUCUCCAAUGUCUGUGUGCCUGUUUGUUGGUGAGCAGUUGUGUAUCAUUCUGUGGCGUGACUGCUAAAUAUCUCUCUUUCAGAUCCCUCAGAACCUGCCCUGCUCAGUCACUCUACAGCCAGGACCAGAGGACACAGGGAAGGUACAGAGACCACACACACACACACACACACACACACACACACACACACACACACACACACAUAAUGUAUAGACUCACAGCACUUUUUAUCCAAUGUCUGUCUCUCCCUCUGUCUCUCUCUCUGUCUCUCUCCCUCUGUCUCUCCCUCUGUCUCUCUCCCUCUGUCUCUCUCCCUCUGUCUCUCUCCCUCUGUCUCUCUCGGCCUCUGUCUCUCGGCCCUCUGUCUCUCGGCCCUCUGUCUCUCUCCCUCUGUCUCUCUCCCUCUGUCUCUCUCCCUCUGUCUCUCUCUCUGUCUCUCUCUCUGUCUCUCUCUCGGUCUCUCCGUCGGUCUCUCCCUCUGUCUCUCUCCCUCUGUCUCUCUCCCUCUGUCUCUCUCCCUCUGUCUCUCUCCCUCUGUCUCUCUCCCUCUGUCUCUCUCCCUCUGUCUCUCCCUCUGUCUCUCCCUCGGUCUCUCCCUCUGUCUCUCCUCUGUCUCUCCCUCUCUCUCUCUCUCUGUUCUCUCUCUCCUCUCUCUCCUCCUGUCUUCCCUCGGUCUCUCCCUCUGUCUCUCCCUCUGUCUCUCCUCUGUCUUCUCCUCUGUCUCUCCGUCGUCUCUCCGUCUGUCUCUCCCUCUGUCUCUCCUCUCCUCUGUCUCUCUCCCUCUUCUCUCUCCCUCUGUCUCUCUCCCUCUGUCUCUCCCUCUGUCUCCUCCUCUGUCUCUCCUCUGUCUCUCUCUCUGUCUCUUCCUCUGUCUCUCCUCUGUCUCUCUCCUCUCUGUCUCUCUCCUCUCUGUCUCUCUCCUCUCUGUCUCUCUCCCUCUGUCUCUCUCCUCUGUCUCUCUCCUCUGUCUCUCUCCCUCUGUCUCUCUCCCUCUGUCUCUCUCCCUCUGUCUCUCUCUCUGUCUCUCUCCUCUGUCUUCUCUCGGUCUCUCCCUCGGUCUCUCCUCUGUCUCUCUCCCUCUGUCUCUCUCCCUCUGUCUCUCUCCGUCUGUCUCUGUCCUCGGUCUCUCUCUUUCUCUCUCCCUCUGGUCUCUCUCCCUCUGUCUCCUCCCUCCUGUCUCUCCCGUCGUCUCUCCCCGGUCUCUCCCUCUGUCUCUCCCUUCGGUACUCUCUCUCUCCCGUCGGUUCUCUCCCUCUCCCUCUGUCUCUCCCUCUGUCUCUCCCUAUGUCUCUCCAUCUUGGUCUCUCCCUCUGUACUCUCCCUCUGUCUCUCCCUCUGUCUCUCCCUCGGUCUCUCCUCGGUCUCGCUCGCUCUCUGUCUCGCCCUCUGUCUCUCUCUCUGUCUCUCGCUGUCUCUCCCUCUGUCUCUCGUCUCUCCACUCUGUCUUCGUCUCUACUCAGGCCUGUGGAGUGGACUUUGAGGUCAGAGCCUUCUGCGCCAGGACUGUAGAGGAGAAGAUACACAAAAGGUACAAUGUAGUCGAAGCUAUGUGUUUUGGUUCAGGGAUUCAGUGCAGAGGGUUUAAGUGAUCGUGGAUGUGAUGUAUAGGAAAUCUGUGCUGUUGAUAAUCCUAGUCUGUGUGUGUGUUUGUUAUAUGAUUGGGUGCAUAUAGCGUUUUCAUAUGAUAUUAUAUAUGUUAUUAUAGGAACUCAGUGCGUCUGGUGAUCCGUAAGGUGCAGUAUGCCCCAGAGAAGCCUGGUCCUCAGCCCAUGGUGGAGACAACGCGAUCCUUCCUAAUGUCAGAUAGAUCCCUACAUCUAGAGGCCUCACUGGAUAAAGAGGUAGGACAGGACAAACCGAGACAGAUAGAGACCGACACGCAUAGGCAGACGGACAGACGCACGGCUGCACGAUGGACACACACACACACACACACACACACAUUCAUUAGUUAAAAGCGUUAUGCAAACAUUUGGUUGAUUGGUUACAGCCUGAGAUUAUCCCCCAACCAACCGAAUUCACUCCUCCCCAUGUUCUCUCUCUCUGUCUUCCUCUCUUCCCCCCCCCCCCCUCUCAGCUCUACUACCAUGGAGAGCCUAUCAGUGUGAAUGUACAUGUCACCAACAACUCCACCAAAACAGUUAAGAGGAUGAAAAUCUCAGGUAAGACACUCCCUACCCCUCCCCCUUGCCCCAACCCUUCUUUUCUGCAGAAGCUCCACCACUGCACUGCUGAUACCUACCCAGACCCUACAGAUCUGCAAACAUCGAGGGGUUAGGCCCAAGGGGGAGGGUUACGGAGCGAUUUGGGAAAGACUGUAACAGAGGAGAGGCGCAGCCUUCCCAUGUUCCCUUCUGCCACUCCUCUGCUCUCUCCAUCUUUGUUGCUGUGUGUCUGUCAGUAUUUUGCCUCUCCUGGUGUUAUUAACCCUUUCUCUCCCCUGCUGCAGUGCGUCAGUACGCUGAUAUCUGUCUGUUCAGUACGGCUCAGUACAAGUGUCCUGUUGCACAGGAAGAGGCAGAGUGAGUACCCCUUCUCUCCGAAACCUCUCUCUCCAUCCCUGUAUCCUUCUCUUCAUCACGUUCUCUCUCCUUUGGCCCUCGGGACCACACUCUCCUUUUUUCUCCUCUGUGAGAGAAUGUUGGGUGAAUGCAGACAGGUUGUGUGGCCAAACGGAUACUCACUUUUAGUACUCUUGUUUUGUUUGACUAUUUCUGUAUAACUUCUACCCUCAUUUUGUAUGACCCUCUAUGCUCACUAAAAAUGUACAAUGCUUCGACAUCACUCCUGCCCCUCUCCCAAUAUACAACACCCUCCAAACCCCCCUCUCUACUGGCACUACCAUUCCUGACUACCCCUCUCCUCCUCUCAGCUCAACACCUCUCCUGCCCUGUUACCUCCCACCCAACCCACUCUGAGACCCAAGGCAACCUCAUCUCCUCCCCGUCUAGUAACAUCACAGCCCCUCGUCCCCUUGUUAUGACAUCAUGGAGUUGGUUGGUGUUCUCUCCCCCUGUACUGUAGUUUUACAGGUGACUGAUGUAGUGCUGCACAGAUGUGACACCUACAAUAAGUCUGUGGGCCACGCCUCCGACAGGUGAGUAGAGGAGCAACACUGGGAUUGGCUUAAAGUAACUGUCCAGUGUUUCCAGAUUUCUAUAAAAUAUGACCUAUAAUUCGUUAAUUAAGUAUGUUAAAAAGCUGCUUUACUCUGUUGGAAGGGUGUGGGUGUACCCCAACAACAGAAUGGUGUGGGUAUAAACCGGUUAUUAAAAAUAUUAAUCAGAGUAGACCGCUGAUGACAUCAUCCUUUAUGAGGAAAUAGCAAGCAUUUCUGAAACGGUCUGUUUGAGAUACAAGUUUGAGGUGGGGUUUUUAAGUGUUUUUAUGCUUUGGCCACACAUACGAGUAUAGGAUGAGUCAACAACAUUAUUUGGGUAUGAGUUAACAGAAUAUUAACUUUUAAAAGUGAGAUUUUCACUGGACAGUUACUUUAACCCCCAGAGCUCCCAGACCCAGACCUCCCCACAACCCCAGUACCUGGCUUGAUUUAGGCCCACCAAAACUUCCCCUCAUAGUCUAAAUCUUGAUCCCAAACCUCCCACCCUGAUAAUUAUCCUUCUGGACCCCCCUUAUCCCCAAAACCCAAUUGCCUUCCUCUCAAAUUGCGGGAAAUCUCUGACUGGUACCCAGUCCAGUCCCCUUCAAUUCUCCUCUCCCUCUCUGUUCUAAUGGCAGCAUCUUUAAUCCUUUCGUUCCUCUCAACUUUCCUUACUGCUUCCUAAGCGUUGUGGAUGUGUGUACAAGAGUGAGUGAGUAGGAACCAACCACAUAUGAUGAAACAGAGAGAAAUUCUAAAUCCUUUCUCUCUCUUCCACAGUGACCAGGUGUCCCCCAGCAGUACGUUCUGUAAGGUGUACACCCUGACUCCCAUGCUCACCAAUAACAGAGAGAAGAGAGGCCUGGCUCUGGACGGGAAGCUGAAGCACGAAGAUACCAACCUGGCCUCCAGCACCAUGUAAGAGACUAGAGAGACACCCACAUAAAAACACAUAUAUAUAUUUACAGUGCAUUCAGAAAGUAUUCCGACCCCUUGACUUUUUCCACAUUUUGUUACGUUACAGCCUUAUUCUAAAACAGAUUCAAUUAUUUUUUUCCCUCAUCAAUCUACACACAAUACCCCAUAAUGACAAAGCACAAACAGGUUUUUAGACAUUUUUGCACAUUUAUUAAAAAUAAAAAACAGAUAUAGUAGUAUUUAGACCCUUUGCUAUGAGACUCGAAAUUGAGCUCAGGAGCAUCCUGUUUCCAUUGAUCAUCCUUGAGAUGUGUCUGCAACUUGAUUGGAGUCCACCUGUGGUAAAUUCAAUUGAUUGGACAUGAUUUGGAAAUGCACACACCUGGGACAGUGCAUGUCAGAGCAAAACCAAGCCAUGAGGUCGAAGGAAUUGUCCGUAGAGCUCAGAGACAGGAUUGUGUCGAGGCACAGAUCUGGGGAAGGGUACCAAAACAUUUCUACAGCAUUGAAGAUUCACAAGAACACAGUGGCCUCCAUCAUUCUUAAAUGGAAGAAGUUUGGAACAACCAAGAUUCUUCCUAGAGCUGGCCACCCGGCCAAACUGAGCAAUCGGGGGAGAAGGGCCUUGGUCAGGGAGGUGACCAAGAACCCGAUGGUCACUCUGACAGAUCUCCAGAGUUCUUCUGUGGAGAUCGGAGAACCCAGAAGGACAUCCAUCUCUGCAGCACUCCACCAAUCAGGCCUUUAUGGUAGAGUUGCUAGACGGAAGCCACUCCUCAGUAAAAGGCACAUGACAGCCCGCUUGGAGUUUGCCAAAAGGCACCUAAAGGACUCUUGGUCUGAUGAAACCAAGAUCAAACUCUUUGGCCUGAAUGCGAAGCAUCACGUCUGGAGGAAACCUGGCACCAUCCCUAGGGUGAAGCAUGGUGGUGGCAGCAUUAUGCUGUGGGGAUGUUUUUCAGCGGCGGGGACUGGGAGACUAGUCAGGUUUGAGGGAAAGAUGAACGGAGCAAAGUACCAAGAGAUCCUUGAUGAAAACCUGCUCUAGAGCACUCAGGAUAUCAGACUGGGGCGAAGGUUCACUCAAGGACAACGACCCUAGGCACACAGCCAAGACAACGCAGGAGUGGCUUCGGGACAAGUCUCUGAAUGUCCUUGAGUGGCCCAGCCAGAGCCCGGACUUGAACCCGAUCGAACAUCUCUGGAGGGACCUGAAAGUAGCUGUGCAGCGCGCUCCCCAUCCAACCUGACAGAGCUUGAGAGGAUCUGCAAAGAAGAAUGGGAGAAACCUCCCAAAUAAAGCUGUGCCAAGCUUGUAGCGUCAUACCCAAGAAGACUCGAGGCUGUAAUCGCUGCCAAAGGUGCUUCAACAAAGAACUGAGUAAAGGGUCUGAAUGUGAUAUUUCCAUUUUUAAUACAUUUGCAAAAAUGUCUAAAAACCUGUUUUUGCUUUGGCAUUAUGGGGUAUUGUGUGUAGAUUGAUGAAGGGAAAAAAACACUUACUCCAUUUUAGAAAAAGUCUAAAACGUAACAAAAUGUGGAAAAAGUCAAGGGGUCUGAAUACUUUCCGAAUGCACUGUAUGUAUACACACACACACACAGUACCAGUCAAAAGUUUGGACACACCUACUCAUUCAAGGGUUUUUCUUUAUUUUUACUAUUUUCUACAUUGUAGAAUAAUAGUGAAGACAUCAAAACUAUGAAAUAACACAUAUGGAAUCAUGUAGUAACCAAAAAAGUGUUAAACAAAUCAAAAUAUGUUUUAUAUUUGAGAUUCUUCAAAUAGCCACCCUUUGCCUUGAUGACAGCUUUGCACACUCUUGGCAUUCUCUCAACCAGCUUCACCUGGAAUGCUUUUCCAACAGUCUUGAAGGACUUCCCGCAUAUGCUUAUCUCUUGUUGGCUGCUUUUCCUUCACUCUGCCGUCCGAAUCAUCCCAAACCAUCUCAAUUGGGUUGAGGUCGGGGGAUUGUGGAGGCCAGGUCAUCUGAUGCAGCACUCCAUCACUCUCCUUCUUGGUAAAAUAGCCCUUACACAACUUGGAGGUGUGUUGGGUCAUUGUCCUGUUGAAAAACAAAUGAUAGUCCCACUAAGCCAAAUCAGAUGGGAUGGCAUAUCGCUGCAGAAUGCUGUGGUACCCAUGCUGGUUCAGUUUGCCUUGAAUUCUAAAUAAAUCACAGACAGUGUCACCAGCAAAGCACCCCCACACCAUAACACCUCCUCCUCUGUGCUUUACAGUGGGAACUACACUUGCGGAGAUCAUCCGUUCACCCACACCGCGUCUCACAAAGACACAGCGGUUGGAACCAAAAAUCUCACAUUUGGACUCCAGACAAAUUUCCACCGGUCUAAUGUCCAUUGCUCGUGUUUCUUGGCCCAAGCAGGUCUCUUCUUAUUAUUGAUGUCCUUUAGUAGUGGUUUCGUUGCAGCAAAUCGACCAUGAAGGCCUGAUUCACACAGUCCCCUCUGAACAGUUGAUAUUGGGAUGUGUCGGUGACUUGAACUCUGUGAAGCAUUUAUUUGGGCUGCAAUUUCUGAGGCUGGUAACUCUUAUGAACUUAUCCUCUGCAGCAGAGAUAACUCUGGGUCUUCCAUUCCUGUGGUGGUCCUCAUGAGAGCCAGUUUCAUCAUAGCGCUUGAUGGUUUUGCGACUGCACUUGAAGAAACUUUCAAAGUUCUUGAAAUGUUCCGUAUUGACUGACCUUCAUGUCUUAAAGUAAUGAUGGACUGUCGUUUCUCUUUGCUUAUUUGAUCUGUUCUUUCCAUAAUAUGGACUUGGUCUUUUACCAAAUAGGGCUAUCUUCUGUAUACCCCCCUACCUUUUCACAACACAACUGAUUGGCUCAAACACAUUAAGAAGUGAAGAAAUUCCACAAAUUAACUUUUAAGAAGGCACACCUGUUAAUUGAAAUGCAUUCCAGGUGACUACCUCAUGAAGCUGGUUGAGAGAAUGCCAAGAGUGUGCAAAGUUGUCAUCAAGGCAAAGGGUGGCUAUUUGAAGAAUCUCAAAUAUAAAACAUAUUUUGAUUUGUUUAACACUUUUUUGGUUACUACAUGAUUCCAUAUGUGUUAUUUCAUAGUACUGAUGUCUUCACUAUUAUUAUACAGUGUAAAAAAUUGUUUAAAAAAAGAAAAACCCUGGAAUGAGUAGGUGUGUCCAAACUUUUGACUGGUACUGUAUAUAUACACACACUGAAUAAAAAUAUAAACGUAACAUGUAAAGUGUUGGUCCCAUGUUUCAUGAGCUGAAAUAAAAGGUCCCCGAAAUGUUCCAUACGCACAAAAAGCAUAUUUUGUCUCAAAUUUGGUGCACACAUUUUUUUACAUCCCUGUUGGUGAGCAUUUUUCCUUUGCCAAGAUAAUAUAUCCACCUGACAGGUGUGGCAUAUCAAGAAGCUGAUUAAACAACAUAAUCAUUACACAGGUGCACCUUGUGCUGGGGACAAUAAAAGGCCACUCUAAAAUGUGCAGUUUUACAUUUUACAUUACAUUUUAGUCAUUUAGCAGACAUUCUUAUCCAGAGCAACUUACUUGAGCAAUUAGGGUUAAGUGCCUUGCUUAAGGGCACAUCGACAGAUUUUUCACCUAGUCGGCUCGGGGAUUAGAACCAGCGACCUUUCGGUUACUGGCACAACGCUCUUACCCACUAAGCUACCUGCCACCCCUCACACAACACAAUGCCACAGAUGUCUCAAGAUUUGAGGGAGCGUGCAAUUGGCAUGCUGACUGCAGGAAUGUCCACCAGAGCUGUUGCCAGAGAAUUGAAUGUUAAUUUCUCUACCGUAAGCCACCUCCAACGUCGUUUUAGAGAAUUUGGCAGUACGUCCAACCAGCCUCGCAACCGCAGACCACGUGUAUGGCGUCAAGUGGGUGAGCGGUUUGCUGAUGUCAAUGUUGUGAACAGAGUGCCCCAUGGUUUGGUUAUAGUGUGGGCAGGCAUAAGCUACAGACAACAAACACAAUUAUCCUGAGGCCCAUUGUCGUGCCAUUCAUCCGCCGACAUCACCUCAUGUUUCAGCAUUAUAAUGCACUGCCCCAUGUUGCAAGGAUCUGUACACAAUUUCUGGAAGCUGAAAAUGUCCCAGUUCUUCCAUGGCCUGCAUACUUACCAGACACCAUUUGAGCAUGUCACCCGUCAAUAUCCAGCAACUUCGCACAGCCAUUGAAGAGGAGUAGGACAACAUUCCACAGGCCACAAUCAACAGCCUGAUCAACUCAAUGCGAAGGAGAUGUGUUGCGCUGCACAAGAUACCAACUGGUUUUCUGAUCCACGCCCCAGCCUUUUUUUCCAGCUGCAUAUCUGUCUUCCCAGUCAUGUGAAAUCCAUAGAUUAGGGCCUAAUGCGUUUAUUUCAAUUGACUGAUUUCCUUAUAUGAACUGUAACUCAGUAAAAUCUUUGAAAUUGUUGCGUUUAUAUUUUUGAUCAGGAUAGAAACACACACACCUAGACACACACCAACCUGGCCUCGAGACUAGAGCGAGAAAGCAAGAGACAGACACAGACAGACAGACACACAGACUCAUGCACGCCCGCCCGCACACAUAGGAGUUGCGACAUACCUUGCAGUUGGCACUAGACUUCUUGAAGACUCUGGGGGGGGGGGAAAGAAAUGAGAGAGAUGCACAUAAUUAGUCACCAAGAUAAACAAACAAACAAACACUGCCUCUUAUAUACACUCACUGGACAGUUUAUUAGGUACACCCAUCUAGUACUGGGUCGGACCCCCCUUUGCCUCCAGAACAACCUGACUUCUUCGGGGCAUUGAUUACACAAGUCGGAAACGUUCCACAGGGAUGUUGGUCCAUGCUGAUGCGAUGGCAUCAUGCAGGUGCAGCAGAUUGGACGGCGGUACACCACCGCCACUAGCCUGUACCGUUGACACCAGGCAGGAUGGGUCCAUGGACUCAUGCUGCCUCUACCAAAUCCAGACUCUGCCAUCAGCAUGACUCAACAGGAACCGGGAUUCUUCGGAACAGGCAAUGUUUUUCCACUCCUCAGUUGUCCAGUGUUUGCGAUCGCGUGCCCACUGGAGUCGCUUCUUCUUGUUUUUAGCUGAUAGGAGUGGAACCCGGUGUGGUCGUCUGCUGCCAUAGCCCAUCCGUGACAAGGAUCGACAAGUUGUGCAUUACGAGAUGCCAUUCUGCACACCACUGUUGUACUGCACACAUUAUUUGUCUGUUUGUGGCCCGCCUGUUAGCUUGCACGAUUCUUGCCAUUCUCCUUCAACCUCUCUCAUCAACGAGCUGUUUUCGCUCACAGGACUGCCGUUGACUGGAUGUUUUUUGUUUGUCGCGCCAUUCUCGGAAACCCUUAGACACUGUUGUGCGUGAAAAGCCCAGAAGGGCGGCCGUUUCUGAGAUACUGGAUCCGGCGUGCCUGGCACUGACGAUCAUACCACGCUCAGAGUUGCUUAUGUCACUAGUUUUGCCCAUUCUAACGUUCAAUCGAACAGUAACUGAAUGCCUCAAUGCCUGUCUACCUGCUUUAUAUAGCAAGCCACAAUCCAUUUUCUUGAACGGGGUGGUUUACCUAAUAAACUGGGUGUAUAUGCAUGCAGUUCUCCUCUUGUCUGUCUGUUGUGUUUCAUUGAUGUGUGUCUGUUUUGAUGUGUUCCAGAGUGAAAGACGUGUCCAAUAAGGAGGUUCUGGGAAUCCUGGUGUCUUACAGAGUCAAGGUCAAACUAGUGGUGUCCCGUGGAGGGUAUGUUACAUAUUGGCUCAUACACAUGCACUACUGUCUGUCUUACAUAGAUUCAUGAAGUGGUUGUAAGUAAACAUUUCCACCUGGAUUAAGCUGGAACGUUUUCUGAGUAUUAGUUCAUCUAUGCCUGAUGUCUGAGUGGUCUCCCACUGGGCACAAACUGGUUGAAUCAUCAACAUUGUUUCAACUUAAUUUGUCAACCUAUUGUGACAUGGAAUCAACGUGGAAAAUACAUUAGAACUGAAAAAAGUCAUCAACGUAAACUGUUGUUUUGAGGGUGAAAUUUAAACCACAGGAUUAUGUCAUCAUGGUAUGCAAAUUUCAACAUAGACAAACCUUGUAUAAAAUAUGUUGAAUUUGUAAGUUUAAAACAACGUCAGAUUUUCAACAUUAUAUCCACUAUCAGAAAAAAAACCAAUAGACUAGGCAGCACCUCCUACUGGAGAAUUGAAAUAUCUACAGCUACCCUUUGGUCUCCCAAGCAAGGUUUUAACCAAGCCCAGCCCUGCUUAGCUAUGAUAUUUGUCACUGACAAUUACCAAUGUGCUAUCGUGAGAAUGAUUGAGAGAUCUCCACUAAAUAGAUUCACUGGUGCUAUCGAACUCAUUCCAAAGGGUCGUUUAAACUUUGCAUCUGCACUGUUUCAAGUAAAUAUGUUUUUGUAAAAUUGUCAGUGGAAAUUGUUAAAAGUCGUCGUUGUGCAUCGAGUUGUAUGGUUUGUUUAACUUUGCAAUCAUUGGUUUUUGUUUGGCAAACAUUUUAAAGUUAGAAAUCUGAAUCUCAGUAGUCUCUGUUACAGUGGAAUUGCCCUAAAUCUCCUUCAAGUGCAUUGACAACCAAACACAAUUCAAUAUCACAUUUGAAAUACAAUAAAUAGCCUAUGAACUUGUCGACAAGUUAACACAUGAUGUGUUGGAUUCACGUCUCCAUCUCAACCAAAAAUAAGUUAAAUAAUGGGAUUAAGCCAGUGGCUCAGAUAGAACUUUCCAAACAGUACAUACAUCUCCUUUAAAUGUUGAUAUUUGGUUGGGUUGUCAACCAUACACAAUUCAUUAUUACUUUUGUAAUACAGUAAAUAGCCUAACGUUAAUGCUAUUUUACAAGCUAAUGUAACAUUCAACCUUAAAAUGAGUAACACAGGGCCUCCCGAGUGGCGCAGCGGUCUAAGGCACUGCAUCGCAGUGCUUGAGGCGUCACUACAGACCCGGGUUUGAUCCUGGGCUGUGUCGUAGCCGGGCCGCGACCGGGAGACCCAUGAGACGGCGCACAAUUGGACCCAGCGUCGUCCAGGUCGGGGGAGGGUUUGGGCGGCCGGGAUGUCCUUGUCCCAUCGCGCUCUAGCAACUCCUUUGGCAGGCGAUGCACGCUGACAUCGGUCGGCAGUUGUACGGCGUUUCCUCCGACACAUUGGUGUGGCUGGCUUCCGGGUUAAGCAAGCAGUGUGGCUUGGCAGGGUCGUGUUUCGGAGGAUGCAUGGCUCUCGACCUUCGCCUCUCCCGAGUCGGUACGGGUGUUCCAGCGAUGGGACAAGACUGUAACUACCAAUUGGAUAUCACGAAAAAGGGGUAAAAAGUAACAAAAUAAAAAAUGAGUAACAAAUCCAUGGCCACUUUUUGGGGCAACAAUGUCUUCUUAUGCAAUCACAUAAAACAUGCUUGUUCAAGAUAGCAUGCAGAGGUCAUCACAGGUCUAUGGAGAUCUUCAUAAUUGAGGUAAUAAUCUACACAGAAUCUCAAACCGCAUUGAUCACUUGCACCAUCUCAACUGCAAUCCAGGUCAUUUGGUUCUGCUAUAAAUAAACAAAAUAUCUGUAUUCCCAUUUGAACUUUGCUGUGCUGUAAAUGGUUAAAAGCACAGCGAUAGACAUUUGGGUGACAACUAAACCAAAAUCAGACAUAAUUCUUUAACUUUUGGCUUUCUUUUUGAGUGGGUGAAUAUAGGCUGUAAUCUUAUUUUUUUAUUUUAUUUCACCUUUAUUUAACCAGGUAAGCCAGUUGAGAACAAGUUCUCAUUUACAACUGCGACAUGGCCAAGAUAAAGCAAAGCAGUACAAUAAAAACAACAACAACACAUAUGGGAUAAACAAAAACGUACAGUUAAUAACACAAUAGAAAAAUAGAAAAUAUAUAUACAGUGUUUGUAAAUGAAGGAAGUUAUGGAGGUAAGGCAAUAAAUAGGCCAUAGUGUAAAAGAGUUACAAUUUAGUAUUAACACUGGAAUGAUAGAUGUGCAGAAGAUGAUGUGCAAAUAGAGAUACUGGGGUGCAAAUGAGCAAAAUAAAUAACAAUAUGGGGAUGAGGUAGUUGGGUGGGCUAAUUACAGCUGGGCUGUGUACAGGUGCAGUGAUCGGUAAGGUGCUCUGACAUCUGAUGCUUAAAUUUAGUGAGGGAGAUAAGUCUCCAGCUUCAGAGAUUUUUGCAGUUCGUUCCAGUCAUUGGCAGCAGAGAACUGGAAGGAAUGGCAGCCAAAGGAGGUGUUGGCUUUGGGGAUGACCAGUGAGAUAUACCUGCUGGAGCGCAUACUACGGGUGGGUGUUGCUAUGGUGACCAAUGAGCUAAGAUAAGGCGGGGAUUUGCGUAGCAGUGAUUUAUAGAUGACCUGGAGCCAGUGGGUUUGGCGACGAAUAUGUAGUGAGGGCCAGCCAACGAGAGCUUACAGGACACAAUGGUGGGUAGUAUAUGGGGCUUUGGUGACAAAACAGAUGGCACUGUGAUAGACUACAUCCAAUUUACUGAGUAGAGUGUUGGAGGCUAUUUUGUAAAUUACAUCGCUGAAGUCAAGGAUCGGUAGGAUAGGCAGUUUUACGAGGGCAUGUUUGGCAGCAUGAGUGAAGGAGGCUUUGUUUCGAAAUAAGAAGCCGAUUCUAGAAUUAACUUUGGAUUGGAGAUGCUUAAUGUGAGUCUGGAAGGAGAGUUUACGGUCUAACCAGACACCUAGGUAUUUGUAGUUGUCCACAUAUUCUAAGUCAGACCCGCCGAGAGUAGUGAUUCUAGUCGUGCGGGCGGGUGCAAGCAGCGUUCGAUUGAAGAGCAUGCAUUUAGUUUUACUAGUGUUUAAGAGCAAUUGGAGGCUACGGAAGGAGUGUUGUAUGGCAUUGAAGCUCGUUUGGAGGUUUGUUAACAGAGUGUCCAAUGAAGGGCCAGAUGUAUACAAAAUGGUGUCAUCUGCGUAGAGGUUGAUCUGAGAGUCACCAGCAGCAAGAGCGACAUCAUUGAUAUACACAGAGAAUAGAGUCGGCUCGAGAAUUUAACCCUGUGGCACCCCCAUAGAGACUGCCAGAGGUCCAGACAACAGGCCCCCCGAUUUGACACAUUGAACUCUAUCUGAGAAGUAGUUGGUGAACCAGGCGAGGCAGUCAUUUGAGAAACCAAGGCUAAUUUGUCUGCCAAUAAGAAUGCGGUGAUUGACAGAGUCGAAAGCCUUGGCCAGGUCGAUGAAGACGGCUGCACAGUACUGUCUUUUAUUGAUCGCAGGGGAUGCAGAGCUGGUGGCCGGGGUAGGGGUAGCCAGGUGGAAAGCAUGGCCAGCCGUAGCAAAAUGCUUGUUGAAAUUCUUGAUUAUCGUACAUUAAUCGGUGGUGACAAUGUUUCCUAGCCUCAGUGCAGUGGGCAGCUGGGAGGAGGUGCUCUUAUUCUCCAUGGACUUUACAGUGUCCCAAAACGUUUUGGAGUUAGUGCUACAGGAUGCACAUUUCUGUUUGAAAAAGCUAGCCUUUGCUUUCCUAACUGAUUGUGUAUAUUGGUUCCUGACUUCCCUGAAAAAUUGCAUAUCGCGGGGGCUGUUCGAUGCUAAUGCAGUACGCCACAGGAUGUUUUUGUGCUGGUCAAGGGCAGUCAAGUCUGGGGUGAACCAGGGGCUAUAUCUGUUCUUAGUUCUGAAUUUUUUGAAUGGGGCAUGCUUAUUUAAGAUGGAGAGGAAAGCGCUUUUAAAGAACAACCAGGCAUCCUCUACUGAUGGAAUGAAGUCAAUAUCCAUCCAGGAUACCCGGGCCAGGUCAAUUAGAAAGGCCUGCACGCUGAAGUGAUUUAGGGAGCGUUUGACAGUGAUGAGGGGUGGCCGUUUGACCGCGGACCCAUUACGGACGCAGGCAAUGAGGCAGUGAUCGCUGAGAUCCUGGUUGAAGACAGCGGAGGUGUAUUUAUAGGGUAAAUUUGUCAGGAUGAUAUCUAUGAGGGUGCCCAUGUUUACGGAUUUAGGGUUGUACCUGGUAGGUUCCUUGAGUCAACACAUGAUAGUGCCUGGGGAGUAGGAGUGAUAUUGGGGGCUACAGGGCCUGGGUUACAAAGGAGCUAUCUGAGGCAGGUUGAGCGGGACUGGGGGCUCUACAGUGAAAUAGUACAAUAAGAACUAACCGAAACAGCAAUAGGCAAGGCAUAUUGACAUGGGAGUGAGGCAUAAAGCAAUCACAGAUGUUAUUUGAGAGAGCUAAGACAACAGCUGGUAAUGGCGAGGAAAGUUUGGGCUGAGGCUAAACAGAUAAACAGGAUGGGGUACCGUAUAAAGGAACAGCCUUUAACAGCCUGGCUCGAGGCUAGCUCAAGACUAACUGGUGCUUGCUUCGGGACAGUGGUGAUUAGCCAACAACAACAACAGCCAUUCGGUUAUUGAUCAAUGUCUCAACCAAAUAUUACCCAAUUAUCCACGUUGAAAUGAUGUGGUGUGCCCAGUGUGCUGGCAUUGCUUUAACAUUACUGUGUAUGUCCUCUGUACAGCGAUGUGUCGGUGGAGCUGCCUUUUGUCCUGAUGCACCCCAAACCCACAGACCAACUCAUUUCCAGACCUCAAUCAGGUACAGACCAAUGUGUGUGUGAUCGAGAAAAAUAUAUUUUAGAAAUAAAGUGUUUUGCAGUGAUAUUUACCUGUUUUGCAAUGUCAUUACUUUAUCCCACAGCCAUCCCAGAAACAGAUGCCCCAGUGGACACUAACCUGAUAGAGUUUGAGACAAAGUAAGAGAGAAAGAGAGAGGGUGUGUGUCUCAGAUUUCAAUUUAACCUUGUUUGUUGUUGAACACAAUUUUAAUCUCUUCCUCUUUCUCCCUCCCUCCCUUCCUCCAUUCAUUCCUUCCUCUUCCCUCUCUCUCAGUAAUUUCUCUCAGGAUGAUGACUUUGUGUUCGAGGACUUUGCCCGUCUGCGACUGAAAGGAAUGAAGGACGAUGAGGAUGACCACUUCUGCUAGUUCUCCCUCCCCCAGGACCAGGCACCCAAACCUGGGGAGAGCAGCUAGGCGAGUCACUGGUCUAGUCUCGGCACCAGACAGUAGGCCCAACUCCAGAAAAAGGGUGCAGGAGCACUCAGAUAUUUUAAAAAGCCUCCUCCCUUUCUCUUCUUAUGCUUCUUUUUCUCCCCUCUUCUUUCUCCUACAUCUGCGAUGGCAUUGUUCAUUUCUACUCCUUUGUUUUUUCACUCCUUUUGUUUGAAAAACAGAGAUAAUGAGAGAGAGAGGGAGAUAUUUAUAGGGAGUGUCGAGUCGACUGUCUCUGUUUUAGGAAAUAAUUAUAUACGUUUUGGGUCCAUUCGUUGAUUCAGGGUUGAUCUUAUAUGUUCUAUACAGUCGUGGUCAAACGUUUUGAGAA